AUGAAGUGCAACAAGCUCACGGAUUCGCAACACCUACGCUGGCGCCGCGGAGCGCGCUCGCUUCACAAGUUCCUCCGAGCGUUCGGGCCUGGUUCAGUCGACCCUGACGUGGCCGCGGUGAAGGAAAGGGGAAGGGCGGGACGUGCGCACUCUCUUUGCGCUCCCGAAAGAGUUUACGCCGCGACGGUGACGUGGGAAUGUCGCCACAAAAAGCUGCAGACCCUAUUGCGUGCCGCCACCAAGAGGGGGUACCCCGCAUCAGGAGACGGCAUGAAGUGGACGAAGAGGGCCGAAAGGUGGGACCUGCGGCCGUCAACGAGCAAAUCGCGCCCAGGGUCCGGCGGGAACAGGCAAGGUGGCGACCUCGCGACAACACCGGGCACGGAAACAGCAGCAGAAGCAGCAACUGCAGGCCCUUGGUCCGCCUAUGAAGACGACGACGGGAACACGUACUACAUCAACGAUUUCACCGGCGAGAGCGUGUGGGAGAUACCGCCAUCCGACGUUGCCACCGCCGACGCCGCUCGAGACGACGAAGACUGGGAUCAGGCGGCGGCCGGCGGAGCGGGGUGGGCGAGCGUCACCACAGCGGCCAGGGAGGGGGGAGCGGCGGCUUGGUGGAGCGGUGGCGGUGAUAACCAAAAUGCGAUGGUUGCCGACUCUAACCCGUUCGACGGGUACGAGUGGCCGGCUUGGGGGCAGCAGGGGGGUGAAGGUGGCGGGGAGACUUGGGGGGGCAACGGUGACAAUGGUGAGGGGGGAAACGCAACGACGGGGUGGGAAUUGGCAGCGCAGGGGGAACAAGGGGGAGGGGCGGAGGGUUGGACCCAGGAGUGGGACGAGGGCAGCCAGAACUACUACUGGUACAACGCCCUGACCGGGGAGAGCCGGUGGUGA